AUCCAAAGAUCUAUGAAGGAUGGAGCGACCUGGUACGGUUCAUGAAGAUUGAACCUUGAAGAUCAUGAGUGAUCACGAUGUAGACUACAGGUAGUCUAUGCCCACCAGCAAACCCAAGGCGGUCACAUACCGUAGACUUAGAGUCCAGGAAGGCAAAACUUGAAUCAGUCUGCUCCUACUCCCCGUCUAAUAGCUAGCUUGGAAAGAAUACCAGCAAAAGGCUACAAAAAGCAGCAGAAAUGUUGAAUGUCAUGAGACCAGCAAUCUUCGCGAUUGCCACCGCAACGCUGACUAUUCUCGUGUGGCAUGCGGAUGCUGCUUUUAUUGGAGUCAGUCGAGUCGAUUCGAGGGCGUGCCACUAUCAUUAUGGCAAUCCAAUAGCAACAGCAACAGCCAUGUUCGCUAUGAAGGAUCUUCCGGAAGACGUGGUCAAGUACAGCCAAGUGCCCAAGAAUGGUGUCUUUUCAGCCGCUGGCGACAACAUCCCCAAGGGACUGCUCAAGAACCAUUCCACCAAAGACGGUACGUGGGGCAUCAUCAAGGUGACACAAGGCAAAUUGGGGUAUCAGAUCAAUGGCAAAAAUAAUGACGAGACUCCCGCGGAAAUUUUUGAAUUGGAUCCAGAAACACCGGGAAUCAUUGAACCGACCGUGUUUCAUGAAGUGGCUCCACUGACAGACAAUGUCGAAUUUGUCGUUCAGUUUCUUCGAUUGCCCGAUACAGGCCCUGUGGAUGAACAAAGAGAAGGUUUAUGAAGGGGAAAACGCACACA